CGUGACUUUGUCGCCCCCUGUGGCCGCCAGGCCUGCGCCUCUUUCCUCCCUGGAGCGCCUCGACUCAGCUUGAAGCCCCAGGCCCCACAGAGCUGGCCAGCCUCUGCCCGCGUCCGUGCAGCCAUGGAGGCUCUGGGUCCUGGAGGCGACUGCGCCUCGCCGGCCUCGUCCACUCGCAGCCUGGACCUGCGGCGGCUGUCCGCGCGCGUCGACUCGGCCUACAGCUCUUUCUCCGCCGCCUCAGGCGGUCCUGAGCCGCGCACGCCGUCGCCGGCGACCCACCAACUUCCCUACCUGGACUGGGACUACGUGCGCGUGGUGUGGGGCGGCCCGGCCCCCAACGCCGGGCUUCGUACCUCCCCGCAGCCCCGGCCCGCGGCCGCCGCACGCAGUGGGCCUCGUCCCCCCGAGAUCCGGGGAACCCCGGGGCCGCUCAGCCGCCAGACCACCCCGCUGCUGUACGCGCUGGCGGCCGAGGCGGAGGCCGCGGCGCGGGCAGCCGAGCCGCCCAGUCCGCCCGCGUCGCGGGCCGCCUACCGCCAGCGGCUGCAGGGCGCGCAGCGGCGAGUGCUCCGGGAGACGUCCUUCCAGCGCAAGGAGCUCCGCAUGAGCCUGCCCGCCCGCCUGCGGCCCGCGGCCCCCGCGCGGCCCUCCGCCGCGCACCCGCGCUCCGCCUUGCUCAGCCACCCCGGCGGGCAAGCGGAGCCGGCGCGCCCCGGGACUCCCGCGCCGGGAACCGCCGGCAGGGGACGCCUCGCCAACCAGCAGCGGAAGUGGUGCUUCUCAGAGCCGGGAAAGCUGGAUCGCGUGGGUCGGGGCGGUGGGUUGGUUGGGGAAUGCUCGGGGGAGGCCCGCUCCAGCUCUGGCCUCGCCAGGCCGGAGCGCCGGGAAUGGCAGCAGCGGACGCUGGCAGAGUUCGAAGGUCACCAGAUCAGAUGGCUGCCUGCGACCCAGCCCCGAAGCAUAGAGGACCCGAAACCCCGGUCCUUGAGGCUCAGCAAUGCCUAUAGGCCUGCCGGUCGGAGUCGGAGCGCUUCGGGGGAAGUCUUGUCCCCCUGGGGAAGUCCAGGAGGGGUCAUGCCCAUUGCCCAGGCUGUUCCCCAAGGAGCAGAAACCCCCAGACCGUUGUUUCAGACCAAAUUUUCCAGGUUCCUGACUCAGAAGGAAGUUGCAGUGGUGUGUUCUUCAGAGGGCCCCCAGAGCAGUCCCUCUGACUGUGAGCAGAGGGCCUCAGAGAACUGCAUUGUGUCUGCCCGGCUCCCAUCCCUUCCUGAUGAUGAAGUUUUCCUGGAAGAAGCCCCACUGGUCAGAAUGAGAUUACCUGCAGACUCCCAUGCUCCCCUGGGGCUCCCAAACAGUGUCCAUGCCUCUGACCAGCAGUACGGAGCUGGCUUGGGUCAGAGGGCUGACCAGGCUAUAAUCCCCUCAGAGCAGCCCCUCCACGAGCACCCAGAGACUGCAGGGGCGGAUGACUGUUGGCAGGGGGUAAACAGUUCUGUGAGUGUCUCCAGGCCUACAUGCUGUAGUCCCCCUGGGACUGCAAGCUUGGACCCCACUGGACUGCUGACCACUGAUCCCCCCACAGCUGCAGAGACUGACCCCCUCAAACCUCUCCCAGGUGAUGCCCUGAGACCUCCAGGCAAUGAUACCCCAGGGCCUUCUGACCACACUGCCCUGGAUUGGGGCACUGGCCAGACUGGUUCCAGGUCAACAUGGCCCAGUCCACGUCUUGAGGAGCUGGUUCAGGAGCUGGCCAGAUUGGAUCCCUCUCUGAGUGACACUCUCACCUCCUAUCCCAGCCCAGAGCCAUCCCUGGGCCUGCUGGAUGGGCUGAUUCCUUUAGCUGAGGUCUGGGCUGCAAUGACACCAGCCUGUGGAGAGGCUGGAGAGGAAGCAGCUGGUACUUCUGAGUCAGGCUCUUACCUACUUAACUCCACCCAGCGCCUGCCAGCUUCUCAGGAGGAGACAAGCCUUGAAAACCUUACCACCCACACUGUGCCUGACGAGCCAUGCGGCCCGGGUCUCCCCGAGCCAAAUAACAGCAUCCAAGCCAAGAAAGUGGAGCUGGCGGACCUCCUCCAAAAGACGCUACGGGAGCUUCAGGCAGAGCAGAAGCAGCUGCAGGGAGCGGCCCAGGCUUGGGCCAGGCGCGGGGCUGCUCUGGAGGCCGCGGUCGGCCAGGCCUGUGCACCCCACGAGCUCGAGCGGUUCAGCCGGUUCAUGGCAGACCUAGAGCGCGUGCUUGGCCUCCUGCUGCUGCUGGGCAGUCGCCUGGACCGCGUGCACCGUGCCCUGGCCCGGGCGGGCGCAGACGGCGACCCUGACGAGCAGGCCUCUCUGCUGCAGCGACUGGGGCUCCUGCAGCGGCAGCAGGAAGACGCCAAGGAGUUGAAGCAGCAUGUGGCGCGGCGCGAGCGGGCCCUGCGCGAGGUGCUGGCGCGCGCACUGCCCGCCGACAAGCUGCGCGCCUAUCGCGCCCUGUUGGUCGGCAAGGCCGCUGUCCUGGCUCAGCAGCGCAGCGUGGACGAGCGGGUCCGCCUCCUUCAGGACCAACUGGACACAGUCAGGACCAACCUUGACCGUCGUCCUGCGACUCCCAGGCCGGCCUGGCCGCCGGCCACCCGUCCUCCGGAUAAACCGCCCUUCCCCCCUCCCCUCAUCUAGUUACAGGGGGUGAGGGUGAGGAGCAUUGUCCCUGCCUCUCACCCAUGUGAGUGGGAUGACUCUGGUUUAUUCGGUGCUUUUCCCUUGGGGUGGGGAGGACCCAAGGCCCGGCCCUCCUGAGGUACUUUUUCCGAGUGUUCUCAUGUGGCCUUGCCCAAGUCUUGCGGAUUAUUUGGUAAUUAACUUAUGAAUUUUAAAGUCUGCAGUAUUCCCCCUUUUCGGUCAGUGUUGGUUGGAG